UGGGGCUCCCCUACAAAUCAUUGCAUUCAUGUGUUUCAAUCAUCUCCAUGGCCACAGGUGUAUAAAAUCAAGCACAUAGGCAUGCAGACUGCUUCUACAAACAUUCGUGACAGAAUGGGUCGCUCUCAGGAGCUCAGUGAAUUCAAGCGUGGUACCGUGAUAGGUUGCCACCUGUGCAAAAAGUCCAUCCGUGAAAUUUCCUUGUUACUAAAUAUUCCACGGUCAACUGUUAGUGGUAUUAUAAACAAAUUGGGAACAACAACAACUCAGCCGCAAAGUGGUAGGCCACGUACAAUGACAGAGCGAGGUCAGCGCAUCUUGAAGUGCACAGUGCGCAGAAGUCGCCAACUGUCUGCAGAGUCAAUA